GGUUAAACAGCUUCUGCAUGCAUGCAUCACACUUUAUCCAUUGCAAACCUAGUAUAUCUACCGCAUCUCAGCAUCCCAGAGCCAUGGACAACUUGUCCAUGGCUCCGGAUACGAUGUAGGCUUCUUGCGGCCCCCGUGCAAAGCGCUUUGAUACAGCGUCCUAGGUAUCUAGUCAUUUCAACAAUGGUAUCUUGCGACGUGCUAGCGUUGACCUGCUUAUCGCAGAAAUAUCUACGAAUUACCUGCUACUUUGGCACGAUCGAUAUGUUCAAAACCCUGAAGGCGGUGCUUCUUCAUGUUCUGCACAAUGCCAGAAUGAGCUCUCUCUUCUGACAUGCUGCAAUCGGCCCGAAAUUAGCUCACUGGGCAUCAGCGUAACGCAUGCCUGGGCGCAACCUCGGUCGUGCUUUGAUUUGGGCACUGUAUUCGUUAGCACAACCUCUGGCGCCAACUGGUGUCGUUAGAUGCUAAUGUCCCCUGCAUUGGCAUGACCUUCGUGCAAAAGGAAUUUCUCUCUGCUUUAAGAGGGCCUUCAUGUGCAUGACAUUUAACUGGUUUCGAGUCAUUCAGAAGGUUAAGGCCUUUUUCUUGGACAUAUGUUCUCAUGCUAUCGUUUACCCGUGUAUGAGGUGGGAAUUCAAGUCCUUUAUGAAUUAUAAAAGAGCGAAGAAACCUGGAUGGGUUCGCUCAUUCUUCACUACUCGCGCUCAUCGCCUCCCCUCCUCAUCGUCAAAGCUCAUAUCACAAUGGCUCCCCCUUGGAAAAAGUAUACGGGAAACUAUUCAUUCACCCGCAACGGCGUCACCUAUGUGGGUUCGUAUGGUGGUUUUCAUGAGAGCGCAACACGUGGGGGCGCACGAGUUAGAUUUAUCUUCGCUGAUGGUACCGACUUGUGGGUGCCGACGAGAUAUGUGAAGGAAACUAACCUGCCAGUCAGCGCCACUGGGCCGCCACACUAACUCGGAUUACCUCACUAUGCCUGCUACUUCUGAUUCGAGUCAUCUUUGACUGUUUUAAUGAACCUUGUACUGAUCCACCAAAUAUGAUUACUACGAUUCACCUUGUUUCAUUUUUUUCUCCUCAUUUUUGCACCUCUCUC